AAGAGAAUUGAAUAUUCAUGUCGAAUAUACAGACAAGCUGAAAGAAAAGAGCGUUGUGGGGUGCCAAAUAUAUUCAAGGCAAGCACAAAAAUACUCGACGAACCGGAAUAGAAAGUAACAACUAUAGCUUCGUGUUUCAACGGCAACAAAGGGCCAAUAAUCAGAGCUCAAGGUGAUUGUUAUUCUUGUGACAAAUCAGUCACAGUGGUAUAGACCGGACAUCGUUUUUUAAAAUGUGAACGGGGCGCUCGUGAUUCAGAUGCCGAGCGAAUUGGUCAAGGAAAUGCCAUAAUUAUAUUUCUACGUGGCUCCAAGCGCCUCAUUAAGACGAGAUGUCAUCUGUUCUGUGUCUUAUGUGACAAUGUUUAAAAAAGUGAAGCUGUUUCGUACAUCUUCUUCGAAACGUCGCGAAGAAGAGUCAAUUCAAAAACGUCGACGGCUGAUUCAACACGCAUUAUUGGCCAGCUAUAGAUUGGUGCCAGGGGUUGCUGGAGGAAGGGGGUGUAUAUCUUUCGAGUGCUUCUCUAAACCGAGAUUCUUCCUUUGUCAUCGAGAUAAUAAUCUCAUCAUUGAAAGAUACAAAGACUCAGAAGAUUAUAAAAGCGAAGCAACGUUCGUGAUAUUGGAAAACAUGUGGUUCCAAGAUUUCUUUGCGUUUGAGUGCUUUACAAGCCCAGGAUGGUUCAUAAGACGGAACUCGUUGGGUCUGAGUUUACAACGAUACGACGGAAGCAGAGAGUUUAAAGAAAGUGCAAGCUUCAAGUUAUCAAAAAAGCAAUGUCUAUCAUGCAGUGAAGUACCGGUGGUCAAGGGCGUGAGAGUCUGGGUUCGAGUGAACAACAUGUGCUUCACAAGAGGAGUGGUUACCAAAGACUUUUCUCACGAACUUCAUGUAGUCACAACGAAAGGAAAGCUGAUCAAAUGUCCGCGAAAUAAGGCCGAAUUCUUAGCCGUGGAUAAAAUUCCCAAUCCUCACGAUGUCAAGGCUGGCUGCCGCGUCGCUGCAAAAUGGCACGAUCGUACUGAGCCCUAUUAUCUGGCGACAGUACAGGGGAGACUGGGGCAUAAUAAAUAUCUGCUGACGUUUGAUGACGAUGACGAGGGUUAUUGCGAUUUGAAAUUCAUCCGAGUUCUUUUAUGGACAUCUUCUCAAUCAGAAGAGAGUGUUAGUGCACCGCCGUGGUCAUCGCUUGAAGAUAUUCCUCGACUGAGUUCAGGGAUGUUGCUAAACAACAACGACAAUCGGGCAGAAAAGUUAAAACUCGCACCAAAGAAAUCCUGGGGAAGCUAUCGAAAGAUAAGCGUGAGCGACCAGCAUUUGGAGCUGCGACACAACCCGGGGCUUGUACCAAACUUUCUUCAAUUGUCAUCCGCGUCGAGCUACCGCGAGGGGAGCAGUUCAAAGGCGCUCAACGGGUCGGGAUUUUCUCAAAUAGGCAGUCGGGUUGGUUCAAGACGCAUGAGCCUUGGUAAUGUGCUGGAGAAACGAGACAGGAAGAACGGUGUCGCGGGGAUCUCGAGAUGGGACAGAUGAAGUUGACAUGAAUGGUAUACACACACGAGUGUGGACAUCAAGAGAUCUCGUGCCAGGAUUGUCAAAGAUGACCAUCCCAGGUAAUGGCUUACCGAAUUGCCUUGCAGAAUUGAAAGCAAGUCGAGAAGAGUUAAAGAUGACAUAAAAUGCCGUUUUGCAUGUCCACGCUUUUUGUCCCGAAACGUGGUAGUUCAGUGUAGGUAGUAUUCUGCAAUCAAGUUGUCGUGGUUUGUGUCUUAACUACCUGAGAAAGAUAUCUCAAACGUGGUGGUCCAGUGUAGGUAGUAUUCUAUAAUAAACUGUCGCGGUUUGUGUCAGAACUACCUGAGAAAGAUAUCUCAAACGCGGUGAUUCAGUGUAGGUAGUAUUCUACAAUAAACUGUCGCGGUUUGUGUCUGAACUACCUGAGAAAGAUAUCUCAAACGUGGUGAUUCAGUGUAGGUAGUAUUCUACAAUAAGAUUUGAAGUGACAUUGAGAGUGAACAAAGUUUGGUCAAUUUAAUUAUAUGGCACCGUCCAUACAGUAUAAUAUACAUAAGAACGAAAUAAAUAAACGUGUUCGCUAAAAAUAUUUAUUUUAGAAAAAUAGGAAAAUUGAUUAUAAAACAAACUAAAAUUGUUGUAUAUUUAUAUCUAUGAA